AAAACUUCAAAAACAAAAAACAAACCUCAAUUGAUAUAUUGAACGGAAUUGAUAUAAACAUAACCACGUACAAGAGCAUUUAAUUGAUAUCAUUCAAAUUAUAGAUCAAUGGCAGAAGCAACAAAAAUGUAUGCAGUUGUGACAGGAGCCAACAAAGGAAUAGGAUUUGCAGUAUGCAAACAAUUGGCUUCUAAAGGGAUCACGGUUGUGCUUACUGCAAGAGAUCAAAACAGAGGUCUUGAAGCUGUUCAGAAAUUGAAACAGCUUUCUCUGCCUGGCCUUGUGAUUUUUCAUCAACUUGAUGUCACAGAUUUUGCUGGUAUAAGAUCAUUUGCAGAUUUCAUUCAGAAACAAUUUGGAAAACUAGAUAUCUUGGUAAACAACGCUGGAAUUCCUGGUGCAUAUAUGGACGGUGAGGCUAUGGCUGCUGCUAAUAUUAUGGAAAAUUAUGGCAAGAUUGAUUGGAGUAAAAUACUAACUGAGACGUAUGAACAAACAGAAGCAGGUAUUAAAACAAAUUACUAUGGAGCCAAGGAAUUAACCAAAGCACUUAUUCCCCUUCUCCAACUUUCAACCUCACCAAAUAUUGUCAAUGUUUCAUCAUCUAGUGGAAGAUUGGAGAAAAUUCCAAAUGGCUGGCCUAAGGAAGUAUUGAGUGAUGUUAAAAAUCUUACUGAGGAAAAGAUUGAUGAAGUUUUGAAUCAAUUUCUAAAGGAUUUUAAAGAGGGUUCACUAGAAAACAGAGGUUGGGCUAUUAAUUUGUCUGCAUACAUUAUUUCAAAAAUUGCUCUAAAUGCCUAUACAAGGGUUGUGGCUAAAAAGUAUCCAUUAAUAUGCAUCAAUGCUGUUUGUCCUGGUUAUGUGAAAACAGAUAUAAACUGCAAUACAGGUUAUUUAACACCUGAUGAAGGUGCUGAAUCGAUUGCGAGGUUGGCGUUGUUACCUAUUGGUAGUCCUUCUGGUCUCUUUUUCAUAAGAAAGGAAGAGACGAUGUUUUGAUCAAGGAUUAAUUGUUGCUAGAAAAACAAAAAGUGGCAGAUAUAUGUAGGUGAAUUAUGGUUUUAAAACAAUUAGUUUGUAUGGAAAAUUUUCUACUUAGAGUUGCAUUUGAGAAAAUUAAAGUUCACUUUGGCAAACUCGGUCAUUGCAAUCUCUUGUGUUUCAUUUAUUCAUAUUUUGUAAAUCAAGGAAAUAAUUUCUUCUUUAAAAUGCUCUUCUUUUUUUGUAACAUCGGCUAAAUCAGAAAAAAUAAAACAAAUUUCAUCCCUAAACAAGUGAUGCAAAAUCGCAACCCAAUCUCAAGUGUAACAACUCCUGAAUGAAAGCAGCGUACAAUAACAUAAGCAUACCCAUAAAAUUAUUGAUAAUCUUGGAAACAAGAUCAACCACACUCUUGGAAUCCGAAUAGAAUCAAAUAUGAUUGUAACAUUUGGACUU